AUCGAGUAUAAGGCGCCCACAUCCCCCCCUUCCCCUUUCCCACCACAAACCAACCCAAAACUUGACCUUGACUCAUGUGCUCAGACGCCCAUUCCGAACGACUUUAAGCCACUGAAAACACAUAUGUACAUAUGUAUGUAUGUUCGAGAACGAAAAGGUGUUAAUUACGUAUAAGUAAUGUGACAGGAAAAUAGAAAUGGAAAUUGAAAGCCCGAACAACUGCCGGACGCGCCAAAUGUAAAUUGAUAGCCAAAGUGUUUCAAAUACAAUUGCUACAUUCGCUUGGAUAUCUUUCAUAUGUACAAACAAAUACACCCGCACACUUUCGACACGUAAUAUAAUCCCAGCAAGAUCCAUAAAAAUCGCGUUUGGAAAACAGAUGUAAAUUAAAAACUAUUAUUAGAAGUUUUGUGGAUAAAUUCCAGAUAAAUGUGUUGAAAAUAUGUUUCGGAUGUGAUAAAAUUAAAAAGAACAAACCACAAUCAAAACUAACAUGCCAAAAUGGAGCUGAUAAAAAAAUACAAGCAAGGAAAACUAACCACCAGCGAUAUUGGCCAUCUAAAUCAUAUGGUAAUAUGUCUCAUGGUCCUGAUAGCAGUAUUCUCCAUACUAUGGAACAUAUCGCUGAACAUGAUAUCGGGCGAUCUGUACGAGGGAAUAGUCAGUGCCAAACUUAUCUUCCGGGAGCGCAGCGUUGAUAAGAUGGAUGAGUCCAGCAAGGAGAUCCUUCAUCGGGAUUUCAUCAAAGCCACCCAGUAUGUCUAUGGAAGGCAGUAUUCCGUGCAGGAUGUCACACCUGAAUCGCUGAAGAGCGAGAGCCAAAUCUAUAAGUUACCGCAUAUCUACGAAUCUAUCGAGAAUCGACCGAAAUUGGAGCGUCUCAUUGCGGAAAAGAAAGAGGAGGUUAUUUCUACCACGACGACUCCUCCACCGAAGAUCACUUUCAAUGCUGAGGCGGAUCGACACUUUUUGAGCACAAUGUCCAUCGAUGUUAUGGCCACUCUCUGGGAAAGAGGACCGGGAGCUCAGUUUGUCUACGUAUUUCCCCUCAUAUCAGAGAUCGUGGCCAUUAUCUGGACAGCCAUGUGUUUGAUUUACCAGACAGGCAGCAAAAAGAGCUCAGUUCUGCCGAAGCCGUGGCGCAUUGUGGUGCCCUCCAUCGUAAUCUUCUCGGUGAUGAGUUUGGGCAGUGUAAUCUACACGAUCCUGACCCAUGGUCACCUUAAGCGCCUGUGUGGCCAACUGAGGGAGAAUCUCACAGAUCCUACUGCCAUCACCUGCGGCGAUGCCAUCGCCCUGUUGCGUCCCAUCAUCCACGACCACAACGUAUCCCAUGAUACUUAUCUGGAGCUCUUCCGCUGCAGCUACGUGAUCGGCAUGGUACUGUGGAUUGUGGCCCUGCUGGUCAUGGUGCUGCGUUAUGUAUUCGCCGUGGACUUCCAGCUGGUGGACAUUGAUGAUAUGUUCGAUAGCGGACGAAAUGGCUCUGCACAAGUUCAGAUUCAACCGGUGUACACUGAGGUAGUGCAGCAGAGCAGUCCACAGCACCAGACGCAGAUGUGUCCGAGAUCGGAGGAUGACUAUCAGAGUGCCAGGUCGCGAUUGAGCGACCUUGCGGUGCCACUUCUGGAGGUGCAGAGCCAGUCCCAGGUUCCGCCAACGAGCUUGGCCUAAUCCUGCGGCUAGCCAACAGAUCAGCAAUCUCAGGUUUAUUUUUAUACGUUGUGUUAGUGUUUAGUAUAUCUAACGACUAAGGAAUAUUUUAUCAUCUAACCCAAUGUAGGUUAAGUUUUAGGGGACCCUCUAUUCGAGAGUCCUCGAUCAAUCGAUAUUUCAUUGAUAGUCUUCACUAUCCUAGCUUAGUGAACUCGUGCCUCGAUAUCAAAUAUCUAAAAUGUGGCUUAAUCAAGGCUAUAGAAUAUACUACAAUACCAUUAUUGUGGCCCGAAUCGAA